ACUGUUUUCGUCCAUGCAACUCAAUCGCAAGAUUCUUUCAUUUUUGCUGUUCCUCAACAACGAAAGCAAAAACUGUGAGUGUGAUGGAGAAAAAUGGUGAAAAUUCAGACGAUUAUGUGUGGGAAAGCUGGGAAGAAAUGGAAGAUAGUGGGGCAUUGGAGCAGCGUCUCGAGAAGGACUUAAAGUCUCGUCAAAAGAUGACAGCAGAAGAAGACGGCCCAGCAGCAGGAAGUCAGUCACAGGGUCGAAUUGUUCUCCAAGAAGACUCGUCCAGGACGUCUUACCAACCACAGCUGAAGAUCCUCAAGAGACCUAUGGGGUCGGAUGCAGACGCUGGUGAUGCAGGGAAGAGCACGAAGCAUGAUUCUGUGGCCAAGACGAAAUCAUUGGCAGAGAGAGAAGCGGAGUAUGCAGCAGCUCGAAUGAGAAUAAUGGGAUCAGCAUCAAGCAGUUAUCCAGACGAAGGUCAAAGCAAGCAAGCAGUGGGCCAAGCCAAGUCAUCUAGUAAGAAUGAUGGAGAAUCAACACAGAGCAAGGGGAAAAGGUAGCACAUGGUGACUACAGACUGCUAUGGUUAAAUCAAAGUUAGGUUCAAAAUUUUGUUUGACUUAAUUCCAGUAUUUUGGAGGCAUGAUGCAAACAGUUGCCAAUCAAUGCAAACUUUCAAAAAAGUUGCUUACUGAAAUGGCGUCCAGUGCACAUUAUAUUUCAGACCAAGUUCCCACCUCGUGGGUCCCAUUUCUUGGAAUUGUUUAGCAGAAAAUAUUGCCAAGCUUAUAUUGACAGUGUACCAAUGACCAACAAUAUGAAUAGCAAAGUAUUUUGGCUGGAAACCUGUUUCGUUAAAGGGAUGCUGCAGUGAAUUAAAAUAAAACAGUUAAUUUUGCUGUCAU